AUGUCCACCCCAUCUUUGAAAGACAUGGUGGACGCUGCUCGACCAGCAGGACUUCCUUCUGCGAAUCCGACGCGGUCUUUCUGGACUCAUUCUUCUCCGGAUGCCAAUCCGCUUGCAUCGCAGGGUAGCGAGGGUCUACUUACAGCUGACGCGGACGUCUGUAUCAUUGGGUCAGGUAUCACAGGUGUAGGGGUUGCAUACCAUCUAGCUCAGGCUGCCCAUGAAAUCGCCCACGCGUCCGCACGCGAUGGGCCUCUAAAGGUUGUCAUCCUCGAGGCGCGAGACUUCUUAUGCCAGGUUCAGGAGCUACCGAAACGGGGGACAUCUUCGUGCUGCUACCUAUACUGGUAUGCCGCUCGUGAAGCUGCUUUCGGCCGAGCUGAGGCGAUGCGUGCCUACGAGGUCGAAGCAUACACUACUCGUUCUAUUGUCUCAACCAUUCAGGAAUUUGGAUGGGCUGAUGACGUUGAUCUGGUGAACGGUGGGCACAUGCGGGUUUAUUUCACAGAGGAGGCCGCUUGUGAUGCAAAGAAAGACCUCGAAUGCGCAACAUCAUCAUCCUUAGAUAUGGAAGCCACACAAUGGGUAGAAAAGGAAGAGAUGCAAACUGAGUUCGGACCGCCAUACCCAGGAGUGUAUUCAUCUGCAUACAAUAUUUGGCCGCUGAACACUUCUCGCUCACUUUGCACACUCGGCACUCCUGCAACUGCCAUCGAACAGGUUGCACUUCCAUCAGAUGUUCAGUCUCUGAUACGCCCUUACAUCGUAUCGACUCCUCGAGGGACCAUUUCAUGCUCGAGGGUAAUUCACGCUACUAAUGGCUACGCUUCACAUCUGCUCCCAUUUCUCGCUGGUCGCAUCGUUCCUACUAGAGGCCAAGUAAUGGCCACUCGAGCUGCAGUCAGCAUGGAUCAGAUAAAGACCUAUGCGUGGGGAGACGAUGGAGGCUCUGAGUAUUGGUUUCCCAGACCUGUACCGAAAGGCUCAGAUGAGAAACCAUUGGUCAUCCUUGGAGGAGCGCGACGUCUCGCUAUUGCACCGUUUGAAUUAAAUGUGCAAGAUGACUCCGUUGUCUGCGAUGUAAUUGGCAAAUCCCUUCGUAAUUUCCUUCCCUCGGUGUUUCCAGGUAAGUUCGACUCCGGGAGGGAGCCCGAGAUGGAAUGGACAGGAAUUAUGGGAUUCACCGAUGCCGGCGAUCCGUUGGUGGGACCUGUAAUCGGCCCCGAUGGAAACGUGGAUACCUUCAAAGGCCAGUUCAUUGCGGCCGGCUAUUGUGGGCAUGGUAUGCCCCGAGCCUUCGGCUGCGCUGAGAUAAUUUCACAAAUGAUCGCCGCUGAGCUAUCUGGUAAGGAGUGGACUAGGCCCGAGUGGAUGCCCGAGAGAUUCUUGACUUGGAACCGAAUUGAUGAUUUGAAGUAA